UUCAAAGACUUUAAAUCCAAAAUGAACAAGUCUAUACAGGAUCAGCUCCAGAAUAUCAUGGAGCUUACUAAAAAUGAGAUCCCAGACUCCUCCCUCAACAAAGAUCUAGAUUUAGACAUGAAAAGUGAGAUUUCUAACUUCUUCGACUCUGGAGCAGCACCUAAGAAAGACCCAACACUCUCCGAUGAAGAAAAGAAGGCGGAAGAGAUCAAAGAAAGAAUGGCCAAGAAAGAGAAAGUACAAAAAGAUGUGCAAGCAUUUCUGAAUUCUCUACCUGAAAAUGUGGAAAAGCCGGAAGUCACCUCAAUGAAGAACCCUCAAAAACCUCCUAAGCCUAAAAAGACAGAUGAAACUUCUGAUAAAGAGGAGGAGGAGAAAAUAACAAGUAGGAAAUUAACGAAAUAAAUAUUUGAUGAAGAAAUGAAAUACCCAUGACUUUGGAUCAGUUGAAGAGUUAUCUCUUCGACAUGAAAAGAUCGUCUCAAUGAAAGGAAUCGACAGCUUCGUUAGCUUGACCACGUUAAACUUAGAUCACAAUAAAAUCACCCAGAUUCAAAGUCUUCGGCACUUAAGAGUACUUGAGUAUUUGAGUCUCAGAAAUAACCAAAUCGACUCCUUGAGAGGACUUGAGGGAAUGGUAGAGCUAAGAUAUGCAAACUUCUCAAUGAACAAGAUCACAACGAUCAGAGAGGACGACUUUAAGCAAUGCAAAGGCAUUACCGAGCUUGAUCUUGCUGAUAACCCUAUAAGGAGCUUUGAAGGGCUGUGCUAUUUAAAGGACCUAGACACUCUAGAUGUUUCUAGAAAUAAAAAUAUCAAGGAUCUUCUCUUAUUGCCAGACCUUGAGUAUCUCUCGAAACUUAAGGCGGAGAACUGAGAUAUAAAGAAUAUAAAAUUCAUCCAUUCGAAAUUUCCCAGUUUAAAUAUUGUGAACCUUAAAAGCAAUGACAUCAGGCUCUAUGAGCACAUACAGGACAUCAAAAAGAUUGAAUAUUUAGCUGAGAUCGAUAUAAGGUUCAACCCAAUUGCCAAGACUGCCGCCAUCCAGGAUAGAGUAGUCGCUGAUGUUCCUGACCUUGAGGUCUUCAACCAAAUUGAACUCCUCGAGCCAGGCUAUAAAUUCAAAGUUAUGAACCAAGAAAUCAGGAAAUACCUCGAAGACACUAAAGAAACAGUAGAGCAGCAGCAAGAAGGAAUCAUAGAUGAAGCUUUCUCUAAUAUUAAAGAUAAAAAUGGGGAGAAAAUGGAUCCAGAUAAACUGACCAAGAAGUUUGAAGAAGUCGAAGAGAACCAAAUGAAAAAUGAAGCUGAGAUGAUCAGAGCCCAACUUAGUAUCUCUGCUAACCUCCAGCCUCUGAUGAGGGACAAGAACAAUCUCAAAGAACUUGAAGAAGCUACUAAUGACAUACUUAUUACCGAGAGUGUGGAAUAUAGUAAGAAAUUAAAGAAGGAUUAUUCAGAAAUCCGUAGCAGCUUUCGUAACGUAAUGAACCAUCUUCGGUUUGAUGAAUUCGGUACUUUUGAUAGACUAAAAAGCACCCAAAACCAAGAUCUCAAAGAUCCUUACCUUGAAAUGCAAGAGGAAAUCCUGAAGAUAAACCAAGAACAAAAGAAGAAAGGGUUUAUUACAAGCUACUCUGAAGCUAAUGAUAGUGGAGAUGAAGAGCAGCUUGUUGAAGAAAUUCCCCUUAAAAAUACAGACAAGCUCAAUAAAUCUGCUUCAAAACCCUCCCAGAAAAGAUCUGUAUCGAUUAGAAGCAAAAAGAGCCUUCCUUUUAGAAGUAGUGCUGGAUUCAAUAAGAAGAACCAGAAGCCUGAUCUUACUGGCAAAAGUACGUCAAAAUUAAUGAGAGCUGGUUCUGCUAGGAAGAGAAAAUUACCUCCAACAGGGAAAAACAAAGAAGAAUUAAACCAAUUGAGAGAACUGAAGAUCGAUGAGGAAAAGGAUAAAAUAUUGAGUGAGUUCAACAAAAUAGUUUCAAAGACAUCGACUGAUUUUAAGAAACCCAAAUUUCCCAACUCAAGUAGGAAGAAAGUCUUGCAGCCUAUUAAAUCUUAUGGGAAAAGUUCUAGUGUUAUUAAUGAUUCUGAAGCAGGGGUUACUGCACUAAAGAAUAUCACGAAGUAUACAAAGCCAAGUAUGUUAGCAGCCCAGAAUGAAGCAAUUGCGUCUAUACUUUCUAAUAAAAAUUAA